AUGGCCCGCUUGGUUGAACGUCCUCCAAAAUAUCUCCCCGAGGAAUGGCGGCAUUCGAACAAGCUAAAAUACUCGAGCGCUGAGAAGGAACGGCAAACUGCUGAACGAAUUCGCGACGAAACGAAUCGUUUGGUUGUUGAAACGGACCAAACCACUACACGAACGCAAAGCGAUGUGGAUAAAAAGCUAGAUCAGCGCGUCACGGAUGUAAAUUACUGGAAAGCAGAGUUAGAUAGACAACAUGAAGAGUCGAACAGCGAGAUUGAAAGUUUGUUGAAGUUUAAAGCGAGGCUUGAACAAGCCAUCGUUGAUACGGAGAUUCCAUUGAAGGUCGCUAGCGACUGUUUGGUCAUUAGAGAGGAGAGGGUUAAGAUUGAUAAUGUUCACGAUGAUGUGGAAGUCCAGUUGUUGAAG